CAGGGCAACACUAAAAUCCGUCAUGGCCGAAUGAAAUGUUGACGAACUGUCAGUUUUGUGAAAUUCUUUUAUUUUCGCCAUGACCAGUAAUUUGUGAGUUGUAAUUUUGUAAUGGCCAGUGUCCAAUAGUUUUCUCAUGGUUAAUUGCUCGUUAUCAUCAUGAACGGGUUAAGUUUCAAUGAACUCUGUUGCCUAUUUUGUUGUCCGCCAUGCCCGGGGAAAAUUGCGGCUAAGUUAGCGUUCCUGCCUCCUGAACCCACGUAUGCAUUCACACCCGACGAAACUGGAUCCAAGUUCUCGCUUACCCUCACCGAAAGAGCAGAAUGGCAGUAUUCGGAAAGAGAAAAAGAGAACAUAGAAGGUUUCUACUCCAGAACUACCAGAGGCAACAGAAUCGCUUGUCUCUUUGUUCGCUGCAGCCCCAACGCCCGUUUCACGAUUUUAUUUUCGCAUGGAAACGCCGUAGAUCUCGGACAAAUGAGUAGUUUUUAUUUAGGCUUAGGCACUAGAAUAAACUGUAAUAUAUUCAGCUAUGAUUAUUCUGGUUAUGGUGUUAGUGGUGGAAAGCCAUCGGAAAAAAACUUGUAUGCAGAUAUAGAUGCUGCAUGGCAAGCGUUGCGCACUCGUUAUGGCAUCAGCCCAGAAAAUAUAAUACUCUAUGGACAGAGCAUUGGAACAGUUCCCACUGUUGACCUAGCUGCACGGUAUGAAGUGGGAGCAGUGGUCUUGCAUUCUCCCUUAAUGUCUGGAAUGAGAGUUGCCUUUCCAAAUACAAAGAGGACAUGGUUCUUUGAUGCCUUUCCAAGUAUCGACAAAAUUCCCAAAGUGACCUCUCCAGUCCUUGUUAUUCACGGCACUGAGGACGAGGUUAUAGACUUUUCCCACGGAUUAGCUAUUUAUGAGCGUUGCCCUCGUGCUGUCGAGCCUUUGUGGGUAGAGGGCGCUGGACACAAUGAUGUCGAGCUCUUCAACCAAUAUUUAGAAAGACUGAAACGAUUUGUUUCAGUAGAAUUGCUCAACUGACAAAGACUGCCGGCCACUGGCCAGACUACUCAAGGUGCCAGUGUAUAGACUUGUUCUGCUAAGAUUUAAUGGACACUGCAGCCAAAUAAUGUAUCUGUCGUACCUGUGUAUGUUACGUAUUUAUCCUAUAAAGUGCUAAAAUGUUAUUCCAUAAAAUGAUAAUGUGAUGUGUACAUAAAAUUAUAUUUGUGUUAUUGCUGGAAAUGAGAAAUUAAAAAAUAAUUGGACUUCA